CGGGCCGCCAUGGCGGCCACCAGGUACCGGCGGUUCCUGAAGCUCUGCGAGGAGUGGCCGGUGGAGGAGACGAAGCGGCAGCGCGACCUGGGCGCCGUGCUGCGGCAGCGCGUGGCGCAGGCCUUCCGCGAGGGCGAGAGCACGCAGAUUGCUGAUCCUGCAGCCUGUGACCAGAUGUACGAGAGCUUAGUCAGAAUCCACACCAACUACUACAAAAACAAGUAUCCACGACUGAAAGACACAACCUUCACUGGAGUGACCGUAGAAGACUGCAAGAUGAUCUUAGCAACAGACAUUCUGAAACAGAUGGAGGAAAUGAAAAAAGGGACAUGGAAAAAAUUGCGAGAAAGGUUUUAUGCCAAGAAAUCUGAAGAGGACUCAAAGUGAUAGGCUGUCUCCCAGCUUCUCCACUGUAUAUAUUCCUAAAGUGCUGUGUGCUGCUAUUAUGAAUAAAGCCAUUCAUUCCUCUUGGCA